AUGUCAACUACAACAUUAUUAUCACAAGCAGGAAAACAAAAAAUAUUAACAUUUGCAAAUGUUUUCCGUUCUAAAUUCGCUGAUUCAUUCGGAAACUUCCUUGAGAAAUCGACUGCUGCUUCAACUUCUCUAGUUGUUGACAUCUGCUAUUCCAGGUUAGGUCCAGCUCUUUGUGCAGGUUCUCUUUUGGUUUUCAAUAUCAUUCUCAACAACUCUGCAAUUGAAGACAAACAAAACAAAGAGAUCUACGAUAUCCUCAAUAGAGCAACCAGAGGUCUUGUUGCUGGAUGGAAUCAGGCAAACAUCAAAGGUGCUACCAACUUGAUAGAGCAGCUCCUGGAAUUCCAAUUGCUCCUCGCUAAAAACAAGCCAGUCGAUGCCGAUUAUGUCAAGCUGAAAUCGCUGACUCAAGCGGUUCUCGACUAUCUCAAUUCUCAUUCCGACAAUUACGCCGCUUACAUAUCCGUACAUUUGAAGUUCCUCGAGGAUGUAAACAAUCGUAGUGAAUACUACAGACUCACUGCUACAGAACAACAAUUGUAUCUCAGUCAACUCGAUCAACUCAACAAGAAAUACAUGCAAAAACUGCAAGCCGUCUAUUAUAUGGGUCAGAAAGAGAUCGAACAGAUGUAUCCCGACAAGAAGUAUGAAUCCGGUGACUACAACGCCAGAUUCAACCAUCUCCAACAGUAUCCGCUCUACUCCAAGGUCUUUUGCCAGACCACCGAUGUAAUCAACACCAUGAUUAAUGGUCCGCGAACACAAACCAUAGGUGGCGUAAACAAAGCGGCGAUGGACAGCUACAGAAUGUCAUCGACCGAACUCCAAUACUAUCUCUACACUGAGAAAGCGCACUUCUAUGUCUCUGAUAUCAAACGUAUCUUGAUCUAUGCAGACACUGAAAAUAUCUAUGCCAUUCAGAACGAUUAUAUCGAUUCAUUCAACAACUACAGCAAGCGAUACGGUGAGAACAAAGGAGAGUUUGUCAUUGUCGGUGCAAUCGAUUCGCCUCAGUUGAUGGUCAAUCAAAUUCCAAAUGCUGGCGGUUCACUCAAAUACAUUGGAUUGCCAGGUUCCAACCAGAAAUUCGGUGCAAGCAACCACUUUAAGCUGCCAGUUGAAUUGGUUGGAUAUGCCAAACACAAGAUCGGUAGAAUCAACGGAAUAGCUCGUGCCACCUCUGAAAAUAGAAAAACCGAUUUCUAUGGUUUAAUAUUUACAAUGUUCCCGAGCAAUGUCAAUUUCUUUACCAAUCUCAGUACAACAACGUUGACUAUUAUCAAUGGUUCUAAAGUUGAUUAUGCAACUCCAAUUGGUAACUAUGAAAUUAUGCUUGAUCACCAAAAUAUUGGAAUGGAUUCUAUCAAGGCUCGUAAUUCAGUUCUCUACAAUGUUGAGUGCAGAGCCAAAGCCACCAAAUUUAUUAUUAACAUCUUUUGUGAACUUUUCACUGCUGGUUUGGUAGCAUCCAUUAGAACACAAGAACAAGAGGACAAAGAUGCUUUAACUUUCAAAUCUACUGCCAAUGGUUAUUUCAUCAACUUUUCACCUAUGACAAUCAAUCUUUCAAGAAAGUUGGUGCUAACUCUAAACAGAGAAACUAUCAUCAAACAAGUCAUCUUCAUUCCACUUGCUUAA